AUGGAAGAAAUUGAAGUGGCCUCGCACGGCAGCAAUGCCGACCGGCACGAAGACAACCUGCCGCCAGUCGAUAGAGGACGCGGCGCUUGGGGUUUCCUUGCGGCAUGCUUCAUGCUUGAAGCUUUGAUCUGGGGUUUUACAUUCUCCUACGGAAUUUUCCAGGAUUAUUACAGCACCCAUGAGCCCUUCAAGAGCUCCGGUGACAUCGCCAUGGUCGGGACUUGCGCAAUGGGUGUUUCAUACCUGCUCAUGCCCGUCGACUUUAUUCUGCUUCAGGCAGUUCCCCGUCUCAAGCUGUGGGCUGCCCCACUAGGUUUUCUCAUCAUGUGCCUCGCGCUGGCGAUGAGCUCCUUCGCCAACAAUACGACACAUCUUAUUGUUUCUCAGGGUGUGGCGUAUGGAAUUGGUGCAAGCCUGGCUUACGCGCCUACUAUUAUCUUUAUGGAUGACUGGUUUGUGCAAAGGAAGGGACUUGCCUUCGGUGUUAUGUGGGUGCGUACAAGUACCCGUUAG